AUGUCCACCUAUGAGUUUCAGAUCAGUUCUGGUUCCCAUAACUACCCCUCGGACACCUCAGACUUGACCCUCCAGGGCCCUACACAGACUGUAACACCUGGGGCGUCGAAUACACCACAGCCGAUCAUUAUCCAGUAUGAUGGGACCAACCAGAAACAUCUCUAUGGCUCUGGUGACCAGGUGGAGGAUGGAUUCAACCUCCAGUUUGCCACACUAGACGCUUUUAUGGAGUGGAAACAGCAAGAGGAAGAAACUCACUGCGUCGAUUAUUUCAAGGUCGACUGUCAUACAUCCAAGGCCGUUCCCCCACGCUUCAAAGAACAUGUCAAGUUUGCGUGCUCGAGACACGCUAGGGCUGGCCAGAAGAAAUACGUUAAGAAGUAUCCAGAACGUCAGCGGAAGACGCCGAGCAAGAAGAUAGAAGGAAUAGGCUGCCCUAGUACAAUAUCAUACAAGACGUACUUUGAUACGCCCAUCGUCAAGGUCAACUAUAACGGCAAUCACUCGCACGAGACUGGCGAAGCGAACCGUCCGUUCACGAAGAAGUUUCGCAGAGAGAAUAGGAAUAAUCGGCAUAAGAAUACUGCGACCACGUCGCCUGACCAUAACUCCCACCCUGACCACAACUUCCCAUCCGACAUCUCGACCGACCAAAACAAUUAUCAGACUGGGGACGACGGUCCAUCUCUACCUCCUUCACCACCGGCAUCGAUGCACGAUACACUGGACUUGCAGCACGUAGACCAAACCCAGUAUCCUAUGCAUUCCCUUAACUACGAGCACGCCAUGACCAGCCAACAUACCUCACCUUCGGCACCAAACAAUCAGCAUUUGCACCCGCAUCAUCCACAUCACCAUCCAUUACGCCACCCACAGCCUAUUCAACACCACGGGCACCCACCAGCCUCGCAGCAUCCCCAACAUGGACCACACACCCAGCAGCAGCAGCAGCAGCAACAACCAACGCCGAUUCAAGACCAUCAUAGGAUGCAGAUGAACCCUUCAAACGAGAACUUCGAUCGUACGAGGCAGCAUUCGGUGGCUGGUCUAUCCACGCCAAACCACGACGUCGGGCCCCCACAAGCUGUGCAUCAAAUAGCACAUUAUCAACACCGCACAGACCAAGAACGCGCUCAUAUGCAUCCACAUAUGACUCAACAGCCUCAGCGGGUCGCCCAUCCGCCGCAUCUCACCAUACAUGGUCCCCAGCCACAGCCGGCAUCUCAGCACAUGCCUCUGCAUGGACCACAGGCGCAGCAGGUAUCUCAUCCUCCACCUCCUCCACCAACCGGGCCGUCGCUCCCAGAUCGUCGUCAGUUGGCACAGGAAAGAUGGGCCAAGCUGGCUAAUAUGUUCGGACACAUCAAACGACAAGCAGAGACUUUCGAGUUCAACGAUGCAAGUGUUUCUGCUCUCGAAAUGGCAAGUGUUUUCACUGUUCUCUGCUAG